GUGGGGUGAUGAAGCAAAAAUUGGCAUAACAGAAAUCAGUGAAGGCUAGGACCAUGCAGAUACCUACAACUUGCAAGAAAUAUCUACACAAAGUUAAACAUCCAGUUAUCAAGGUUAUGAAAGAAUUACUGAAAAAUACAAUCUGGUAAACAAGGUAGACUUUAGGAAAGGAUAUGUAUGAGGUUAACAGCAUCAAAAUGGAGUCCUCAACAUAUUCACUUCUAUGUACCCUUGAAUAUGCUUUGCAGUGUACCUUGACAGCAUUCAGUGUUGAGGAUGGUAACCUCAACGUACAGCUCCGUCUUGGCCAAGAUGCAGCUGCUGCAUCACAAGCUGGUUCGGAUUUACUCCAAACAAGCUGUCUCAAGUGUUCCAGUGUGACUGGAAUGAUCACGGAAAACAAAAUCCACAAGAAUUGUGGACAGUGUGGUAAAACUGUUGACGAAAGAAUUGGUGAAGUAAGUCUAGUAUUAAAGUUGACAAAUCAGGAUGAUAAGUGUCAGUGUUGCCCUCUGGACAGUGCAGAGCAGGAACUCAAAUCCUCAACUGUGUGUAAACCCAGUGACCCAACGAAGAUGAUCUCCAACAUUGAGGUUGACAAGAGCAGUACUAAAACCGACAAGCCAAAUUCCAAGCAACUUGAAAUGCAGUCAGAAUUUUGUGUACGUAACUUAGAGUCCCAAUCAGGAAACAAGGAUAGGAAGAUUCGUUUGUCAGACAGAUUCCAGCUUCACAAGAGUGACAAGGCCUCAGGAGGCUGUGACAGAGACAAGCAACUUACAUUCAAAAGUGUUACUUUGGUUAAUGCUCACAUGAAUGGUCCAGACAGCAAUCCUGAGCUUCAGUACCCAGGUGACCAGUUAUUUGAACAUGGAAGGAAUCUACCUCAGCAUAUGAAGUCCUAUGUCACAGAGUGUACUGAUAAACCCAACCUCGCAGAUCAUGAUCUGUCGCCCCAUGCUGAAAGUGAACCUGUUCCAUGUAACCAAACUGUCACGAGGUCAACUAACACAUCAAGAAACAAAAUGAGAUCUGUCUUGAGGCAGCGGGGCUUGACCUCGUCCCAUUGUGGCCAAGGAUUUGAAAGGAAGGAGCUACGCGGAACACACACAAGUCAUAGGCAGGAACAGCACCAGUGUCCUGUGUGUGAGGUAAGUCACAUCACUCGGGCUCAUCUCAGGAAGCACAUGGAGGACCACAGCGACUCUGACAGACGGGCAUACAAUAUGUCAAACAGGAGGAGAAACAUACGCCUUGAUGCAUCUCUCAAUGGGGAAAACAUGAUACUUCUCCGUGAGAAAAUCUCUACUCCUGUCAAUGGUGAAGUCCCUACUCCUUUGAGUGGGGAAAACCCUGCCAAAAUAACCACAGGCCUUGAUACACCUCUUAGUGGGGAAAACCAUCCCAAAAUAAACACAGGCCUUGAUACACCUCUCAGUGGGGAAAACUAUGACAAAAUAAACAAAGGCUUUGAUCCACCUCUCAGUGGGCAAAACCCUGCCAAAAUAAACAAAGGCCUUGAUCCACCUCUCAGUGGGCAAAACCCUGCCAAAAUAAACGCAGGCCUUGAUACACCUCUCAGUGGGGAAAACCCUCCCAAAAUAAACGCAGGCCUUGAUACACCUCUCAGUGGGCAAAACCCUGCCAAAAUAAACACAGGCCUUGAUCGACCUCUCAGUGGGCAAAACCCUGCCAAAAGAAAUUGGGUAAAUGAUGAGAGACUCCAGUCUUUGCCCAGUAACAGGCAUGAGCACACAGACAAUGCCGCUUUGGAAGAAAUCUAUACAAUUUUAGUGAAGCAAGAAAUUAUGCCAUGUUCAGAAAAUGUUGGAACAGAAACUGUUCGUGUUAAGCUAGAGCAAGAGCGUGGUGGGUUUCAGACUACAAGAAAGUCAGAAGUUCUGUAUAGGCACAAGUCUGAUGGUAGCGAUUAUAAAGAAGUGCAGGGAAUAUCUUGCUGUAAUGUAUGUGAUAAAUUCUACAAAACAAUCAACUGUUUGAAAAUGCACCAAGAGACCCAUAAAAAAAGAAGAGUUUUAAAGGAUUUAGUGUGCGGUGAAGGGGAGACCAGGGCUGUCUGUUUGAAGCAUCAUGAAGUUCCUUUGAAGGAUUUGAUGUAUAAAUGUAAUAUCUGCAGUAUGAUCUUGCCAUCGCCCUCACCAUCAACACUUGAAAAGCACAAGGAAUCGCAAGCAUGUGCAAAUAGUCUCCAUAAUGGCCAUGAGAGAUUUCCCGAUGGGGAACUUGUCCAAGAUAACCAACAGAUGUGUGGAACAGAGUGUGGGAAAGAUGAAUCGACUGUAGUCUGUGUAACAUCAGAAACUCUUAAUGUGGGUCAUGACUUUGGACAGGACCAUAUCAAACAUAAUUCUUCCAAAAAUGAAAAAAAGGCUAAAAGGAGAAGAAAAUUCAAGACUAGGUUAAAAAACAAAGAUAUGAAAUGUGAAGUCUGUGAUGCCAAAUACUCAUGUUUGAGACAUCUUCAAAUCCAUCAGAAGAAGGUUCAUGGGGUUCAAAUUGCACAGAAAUCUUACCAGUGUCAUGUCUGCGGUGAAACGUUUUCCUCCCAGGCACAUUUUGAUAGGCAUGCUGAUACAAAUUGUACCUACUCCGAAAAAGAAAAACAAAAGUGUAGUGUUUGUGGUAAAGUGUUAUCCAAUGUGUUAAGCUUGGAAAAACACAUGCAUGUCCACACAGAAGCCAAGUCUCACAUGUGUGAUGUGUGUGGCAAGUGUUUCUUAACAAAGAGGAGCCUGGACAGCCACAGGGACUCUCAUCAAGACUACCGCCCUCACAUAUGUGACAUCUGUGGGCGAAAGUAUCGAAAUGUGUGGCACAUGAAGAACCACAGAAAAGUCCACACUGGUGAGAACUUGCUUCAAUGUAAGGAAUGUAAGGACUGGUUUAUUAAUGCGUCAUACCUGAAAAACCAACAUCCAAGGUACUGCAAGGCUGUGAAACAGCACAUUUGUCAGACAUGUACCAGAGUAUUUAGAGAUGGGAUUACUCUGCAAAGUCAUGCAGGUUUGCACACUGGUGAACGUCCAUUCGAUUGUGUCAAGUGUGGAAAGGCAUUUACUAAGCAACGAAAUCUCACGGAUCAUUUGAAACGUCACUUUGAAGAACUUGACUACAAGUGCUCCAUCUGUGGGAAAGGCUUCAAGAGGCGGACUGAACUGCGGAAACACGAGAAACGGCAUGCAGGAGGUAAGGGAACACUUCAGAGGUAUACACUUGGACCAGAAAUGAAGCCGAAAGAACCACUACGAGAGGCCAUCAUUACCGACCAUGAACUGGACCAGGCCACUGUCAUCAAGAGUCAUCCAGUCAUAUUAAUGUUAUUAAAGAACAGAUGAAACCAGAUGGUUCUGAGGCAGAUAUGCAGCAUUUGGUGACCUGAUUGCACAGGGGUCAGUUGAAGGUAACAGCUUCCGGUGAUAUUGUCUCUGGUGGUGAGAAUCUUGCAACAAUCUCCAGCCUGUUUCACAGAGGUUAGUUGAAGGUCACAAGUCCUGGUGAUACUGCUCCUGGUGGUGAGAAUCUUGCAACAGUCCUCUGCCUGUCUCCCAGAGGUCAGUUGAAGGUCACAGGUCCAGGUAAUAUUGUUCCUGGUGGUGAGAAUCUUGCAACAGUCUCCAGCCUGUCUCACAGUCAUGUCCCUAUGGUUAGAAGGAAUCUUUUUUGUUAGGUUAGCUCAGAGAUAUACAGCGAGUAUCUAUUUUCAUGUUCAGGGACUUUGGGGGUCCAAGGCAUAAACAUUGGAGUCCAAGAUUUCCAAGAAUUGUACGGAUGGCCUUAUGCCUAUGAUAGAUGGAGAUUCAAUGUUAGACUGAAGUAACCACAGACACUCUGAAAUUUGAGUGUAUUUCUUUCAAU